UCCCAUCGCUGCUGCUUCUGGCUGCUCCAUCGCCUUCCUCGCCGCCGUGCAGCCCACUCCUUCCUCGCAGGGAGAGCUGACUUGAUGCGCAUAAUAAAUCAUCUCUGCAAGAUUUUCCCCUCUGUUUUUUUUUUCCUUUGGAGCCCAAAUUCCAGACCUACGCGUGUUGGAUUUGGAGAAAAAAAAAGCACAAAACACGGGCGACAGUCGAGCCUCGUAACUGAGAGGAUGUUGCAAAUGUGAUUCAGCACCAGCAAACAACGUGGGUGUUGUGUGUGCGUGUGUGUGUGUGUCCGUGCGUGCGUUUGUGUGUGUGUAUGUUUUUCUCUCUUUUUUGCGGGGAGUGGAGGAGAAGGAGGAGAGCAGCGAUAUGAAACGCGUGUGUUUGUGCCUCCUGCCGUUAUCUGUGACUGACCACCGGCUCAAUUUCACCUGUAUGAACGACCUUGCAAUUGUGACCGAAAUUUUCCUAACGAGGUUUCCAUGGAGGAUCAGCCUGCCGUUUUUUCCGUGAGGGCUGAAUUUGGUUCCUAUUGGUCUCAAGAUAUUUCAGGAUAAGAGGUCAAGCUCCUCUUUCCUGGUGAACACAAGUACCAUUUCGAAGCUUAUUGGAUGAAAGUCUCAUUUACCCUUGGCUGCCAAAGAUGACGUUGCCAUGGAAACAGCUUCUACUGUUAUCAAUCAUCGACUGUCUGACAGAUUGUCUGGACAGUGGAUCAUACCAUGGUCCUCGAUGGAGGAUGGAGCCGGGCGACUUGUUCAUUCCUGUCGACUCCAUAGAAGAAGAGGCGACUCUGACUUGUGAUGCGAAGGGAACAGCACCUCCUCAGUACAGAUGGUCACUGAAUGGGACUCUCAUAAAUCUGGGCCUGGAUCGUCGGCGGCGUCUGUCUGGGGGCAACCUCAUUAUAAGCAGUCUGGACCGCUACCAGGAUGUAGGGAUAUACCAGUGUAUGGCCUACAACACUGUAGGAGCUAUCCUGAGCAGGAGAGCGAGUCUGCAGUUUGCCUACUUAGAUCACUUCAAAGUUCACACCAGAAGCGCCGUGUCAGUCCGAGAAGGACAAGGAGUGGUGCUGCUUUGUGGAACGCCCACUUCCUCAGGAGACCUCACUUAUGCGUGGGUCUUCAACGAGUACCCGUACUUUGUGCAGCAAGACAAUCGGCGUUUCGUCUCCCAGCAGACGGGAAACCUUUACAUUGCCAAGGUGGAGCCCUCAGAUGUGGGUAACUACACUUGUGUGGUGAUGAACAGCAUCACAAAGGGCAAGGUUCAGAGCUCACCUACGUCUCUGAUCCUCAGGACAGAUGGAGUGAUGGGUGAAUAUGAGCCGAAAAUAGAAGUUAAUUUCCCAGACAAUGUACCCGCUGCAAAAGGAUCAACAGUUACGCUGGAGUGUUUCGCCCUUGGGAACCCCGUCCCAGAAAUCACCUGGAGGAGGGCGAACGGCGUUCCCUUCCCCAGCAAAGUCAAGAUGAAGUACUCAAACGCCGUGCUGGAGAUCCCCAGCUUCCAGCAGGACGACACCGGCGGAUACGAGUGUGUCGCUGAGAACAAGAUGGGGAAGAACACAGCCACCGGUCGGCUGGCUUUUUAUGCCAAACCUCAGUGGAUCCAGACCAUGAAGGACACGGCCCUGGCCAUAGAGGAGAGGUUGUACUGGGAGUGCCGAGCCAACGGCAGGCCCAAACCCUCCUACACGUGGCUGAAGAACGGCCAACAGCUCCUCUCAGAGGACAGGAUCCAUGUGGAGGACGGAGUCCUGUCAGUGUCGGUGCUGACGCUGGCUGAUGCUGGCAUGUACCAGUGUGUGGCUGAGAAUAAACACGGCGUCAUAUAUUUUGCUGCUGAACUAAUGGUUUUAGCCUCUCCUCCAGACUUCACAGGGAACGUCCUCCGAGCUUUGCUCAAAGCCAAGGCAGGAACUACAGUGACUUUAGAAUGUAAACCCCAGGCCUAUCCCAUCGCCAGCAUCUUGUGGAAGAAAGGAAACCUGCCCAUCCACACCAAUGACAGGAUCACGCUCUCCCCAGAUGGAACGCUGAGGCUUGCCAACGUGAGCAAGUCUGAUGCGGGCAGCUAUACAUGCUUUGCUAGGAAUAGAUUUGGCAUGUCAAGUACAACUGGAAGGCUCCUUGUUACCGAUCCAACCAGAAUCAUCCAGGGGCCGGUGGACAUGGAGAUCAUUGUGGGCGAGAGCAUUGUGCUGCCCUGCCAGGUCGCCAGUGACCCCGUCCUUGAUGUUUCGUUCUCCUGGGCCUUCAACGGGCAGCUCAUUGCCAAAGGAGACGGUCACUUUGAGCUAGUGGGCGGGAGAACAGCAGGAGAUCUGAUGAUCAGGAACAUUCAGCUUUACCACGCUGGCAAAUAUAUCUGCGUGGUGGACACGGACGUGGAGAGCCUGUCAGCCGUGGCUGUAUUGAUUGUGAAAGGCCCCCCCAGCCCCCCAGACUCGGUGACGGUGGAGGAGGUGACAGACAGCACAGCUCAGCUGGCGUGGAGCCCCGGCAGAGACAACGGCAGCCCCAUCACCAAUUACCUCAUCCAGACUAGAACUCCCUUCACCGUGGGCUGGCAGAGGGUUAACACAGUCCCCGAGAUAAUCGAUGGAAACACGCUGACAGCCACGGUGGUUGACCUCAACGCCUGGGUCGAGUACGAGUUUCGGGUGUUGGCCAAAAACAGCGUUGGCGUUGGAGAACCCAGUCCUGUAUCCGUCAAGACCAGGACGGAAGAUGCGGUUCCAGAUGCGGCACCAGGUGAUGUGGGUGGAGGAGGUGGGAGCAGAUCUGAACUGGUCAUCACGUGGGAGCCUGUUCCCGAAGAACUGCAGAAUGGUGAGAGCUUUGGUUACAUCAUUGCUUUCCGGGCCUUCGGAGAGGUUAGCUGGACCCACGUGGCCACCUCCGCCCCCGGCGCAUCUCGAUACGUGUACCGCAACGACAGCAUCGCGCCCUUUUCCCCGUUUCAUGUCAAGGUUGGCACUUACAACAGCAAAGGACAGGGUCCCUUCAGCCCGGUGAUCACCAUCUACUCUGCAGAGAUAGAGCCAAGUGGGAUGCCAGCGGGAGUUUGGGCCAGAAGUGUCUCAGCCUCUGAGAUUGAGGUGAAUUGGCAGGCUCUCUCCUUCACCCCUGAAAGGGUUCUGGGCUAUGAGGUUGUUUACUGGGAGGACGACACUAAGCCGGAGACCAUGGGGAAGGUUAGAGUACCUUGGAACCAAACCUCGGUCACGGUGAGCGGCUUGGCAGGAAACACGCAGUAUUUCCUAACAGUCAGCGCCUUCAACACGGCGGGAACCGGGCCGUUCCUGCCUGCAAUCAAUGUCACCACAAAAAAGCCACCGCCGUCCCAGCCGCCGCUGAAUGUCGAAUGGACCCUAAUUGGCUCUCACCUGUCUCUUUACUGGGAACCCGUGGUGGCAACGGAAUCCGAGUCCGAAGUUACAGGCUAUCAACUGUCAUACACGAGACAGAGACACAAAGAGGUAAACACGCUCACAACGGCCAAUUCGACGGCCGAGCUGACCCUCCCCGAGGAUGACGACGACUACAUCAUCCGCAUCCAGACGCUGAGUGAAGGAGGCCUGGGCCCGGCCUCGGAGCCCAUACGGAUCCACCAACAAAGUAUGAGCGCUCGCGGCUCCGGAUCCAGGAGUCUGGACGCCUCCCCCCUCCCCCUGCUCCUCGCCAUCGCAAUAUCUACAUUCAGGUCAACGUUGUGACACGAUGACAGACUCUGCUCUGUUUUUCAUCAGUCAGUCUCGGUAUUUUUUUCUUUAAUUUGUGAAAGUGGCCAAGUUUUCUUCUCUCUUUUUUCUGGAGAUGACCACAUAUUAUUUUAGUGUUAUUUUGCAAGUACGGAAGCAGCGCCAGAGUGGAGCGGUGUGCUGUCAGACUCUUAAUCAACACUAAAAGCUUGCUUUUUAAUUCUUUUUUUUUUUUAACAACAUGGGUCUGUUUUGACUUUUUUUUUUUUUUUUUUUUUGCCUGGUUGGGAACAAUGCUCCAUUUCAACUCUUCUUUUGACUCUAGAAUGAUACAGAUGCCUUACUUCCAUUCAUGUGCCAAAGUAGUUUCAGCCUUCUUGUUGUUGCUGUGAUAGCUACACGCUUUCCUCGACAUUUUACUCCUCACAGUUUCUUCUUCUUAAGGUGUCAGCGCACCUUGCACAGGGCCCUGAUGAAAUGUUUAAUUUUAUAUUGCAGAGUUUUCCGUUUUCCUCGUCACAAGCAAAAUCGAGAGUAGGAACAUUUCCAUUCACCCGUGCCCGUGCCUUUGGAGAUUCUUGUAACGGCGUCGCUUAUAGACACUAGUCAGUGAUACUUAGUGUUUUAGAACAUACUGCAGCCAUUUUUUAUCUUUACGUGCUCCAUUAAAAGUUGGUUGUGUCCCAGGUGAAAGUCAUAAAACACCUCAUAGUGUCCGUGUUGGCCGUUUGCCUUUUAUCAUUUGAUUGUGGAGAGCUGAAUGUACCAUGAAGGCUCCUAAAGGGUUUAAAUGUCUCAGACUAGUUAUUGUAAUAGGCUGCUGAUUGAUGGAUUAGACUUCACUCUGCAUUCACACAAACUCCGACGGCCUGUACACAGCAGAAGCAUCAGAGGUGUGCAACAAGCAGCGAUUUCCUUUUUAUUUCCCCAACAUUAACGCUGAACUAAUCCAUCAACGGAAAGUCAUCGACAGCAAUUAUUUGGGUCAUUUGUCAAGGAACCAAUGCCAAAUAUUCACUGGCUCCAGCUUCCAAAAUGUCGGAAUUUGUUGCUUCUCUGCAUUUUCAGUUUAACACUCUGAGUCCCAAACAUCUGUUGUUUUUGCUCAUAUUACACUCGGGCUCAUUUUUUACAGCAGUAUAAAGUCCUGCAUCUCAAUUAAAACAGCACAAAUAUGACUAGAAGUAGAGAGAACUCAAAAAUGAUUUUCGUGCAACAUGACGGUUAUUAUGCCAUGAUCAUAAAAGACGAAAAAAAUAACAAAAAAAGAAUUCUUUAAUUAGUAAUCUUUCAGAAAUGUACAACAUUUUCUCAACUACUCCCUGGUGUUAACCAAUAAUCUACAACAUGGUGACUCCACAUACUAUAGAUAUUUAAUUACCUGCAUUUUUAAUUAAUUUCUUUACUUCCUGUGUAUACACAGCAGGUCAAUCCUAGCCUAGCCGCGCUAGACAACCCACGGCAACGAAUUUAAUUCUCUGCCAGGGUGGGUCUAGUUACCCUCCAUAAGGCUCGAGGCUGGAUUCUCCUAAAACUGGCCGGACCAAUCACCAUGAAGUGUAACUUCAUGGUGAUUCGUCCGUCAUGGUGAAGCGUAACUAAGUGACAACAGAGGUGUGACGAUUCUGGCAGAAACAACCGGCGCAUAAUAAACAGUUAUCUUUCGAUAGGUAGAGGUAUCUUUCGAAUAUACCAGUUGGCUCCGCUGGUUGGGAAGCUAAUGGGACUUAGCCACAAUCCGGCGCUCUAGGAACUACGUCAGCCUAUUCGUUGCGCUGAUUGGUUGUAUACCUACCCAAUUGCUGCAGAGUGAUUUGAUAGACAACCUUUUAGCCCGCCUCCCUCCCUGUCGAGCGGUCCUAGACCCUUGUGCCUUCAGAACAUGGGUCUAGUGCGGCUAGGCUAGGUCAGUCCAGGUUCAGCCAAAAAAUCUCUGAAUUUUUCUCACAUGGCUGUUGAUUGCAGCUGAAUCAUUUGUGCUGAUGAGUGAAGACUUUUUCAUUUUUGUCCAGAAUCCAAUUCUUCCAAAUGGUUCAUGUUUGGCUAAUUUUGAAAUGAGAAAUUUAGUAUAAGGUAAUUUUUGACGAAAUAUCUAUAUUUAAAGGUUACAUUUGGUUCAUUUGUUUCGAGAAAAGUUGAAAGAAAAUGAAGAAUUCUACAAAUCUUUUUGUUUGUGUAGUUUGUGGUUCUGAUAAAUGGUGUAAUUUUGGCAGUUUAAUGUUUUUUUAAUCCUAACAGUGGAUUUUGGGGCUCAGAGGGUUCGAGUCAAACAAAAAUUCAUCCAUUACAGUCCAUUUGCCUCCAGUUUGCUUUUUGAAAUCAAAAUAAGACCAUCAGUCCGUCAGUUACUUACAUAUAAUUUCAUAUCUCCUUUUCCUGUUUUUUGAGUAUUGUCAUGAAAUACGCAGUCAUUAUUAUAUCUUCGACUUCCUGCUGCUUGCGUUGCUAGGUAACGUGUAGCAAAGCACCAAACAGCCGAACACAGGGAGGGAUGUGUUUCACAAAUCUGAGUUUCUAACCCGGUUACGGACCUUUUACAGCGAAACUAAAUGUUUUUCAGUCUAACUAUGAGGCUAUAGGAGAGUUUAAUUCUAAAAUCCUACUAAUUCGAUGCCUUCUCGCAGAGUUAAAAGAGAAUACUGAUGCCGCUCCACCAUCAGCGUGUUAACUGUGGAGCUGGGAGUCGAUGUGCAAAAUCAGCAGGGGGUGGGGAGAAGCUGCGAGCUCGGCUGUGUCCAAAAUUCACACUUACACCUACGAGCACCUCUGAAACUCACUUAGUAUCUUGUUUGCAUACUUCAUCAGAGGUGCUUGUCAGACGGUAAAACCCCCACACCUGUCCAGCGCCAGUGGAAGAGGGGGCUGCUCCCGCGAGUAUCACUCUUCUGACAAUCCAGCAUUCACUUCACACCCACUUCACACCGCGAUUCUCCAGGCAUGUGGAGGUGAAGCUGUUCUGGUUUUAUUUGUUACACGCGUAUUUGUGUUUACAACUCAAAUGCCUCCAUUGAAAGACUGAACAUAUGUGCCGUUUUACCCGUACCGAGCUGCAUUUCACCCCUUUUACCUUCUCACUUCUCAAUAUUUUUGCCUUCUAACGUGGUUGAACAUGUCGUACAGUGUGUUGUUUUUUUUUUUUUGGCUCCAUUUUUUCUGGCUCCAUAGUUAAAACACAGUUGAGGGUGGUAUUGAUUCUCUUAAAUAAUUAUGAGCAACAAAGCAAGCAAAUUAGCUUUCCAGCUUCUAAUUAUAAUGAAUAUUUCAGUAACUUUCAACACAUAAAGGAGCAUAGAAAUAAGAAAUGGUGAAAUGAUCUCCACUUCUGUUGUUAAGGCUGAACGCUUCAGAAAGAUCUAGUAAGUGAAGUUUAAGUUGAGCUUAUUCUGUUAAUCCAGUUUCAGACAAAUGUGCUCAUUUAUAGGAACAAAGAACAAGUGUCUCCUAGCCAAUCAGAAUCCGGAUAUCUCAGUCCAGACAGGACAGUUAAUGGAAAAAUGUCAAAUUCAAUAACUUGUAGUAUUUAGCCAUCUGAAAACUUCACCCUGAGAUCUGAGAGAGGUGCAUUUUUCUACCCUUUUCUGCCAUUUCAGAGACUGCUGCUAUUAUCUGAAAUAAGUUUUAGUAAAAAAAAGUAAGCAAAUGAGCUUCCCAGUUCAAUUAUUUCAGUUAUUUUAACACAUGAAGUAGCAUAGUGCAAAGAAAUGACAAAAUAAUCUCAUCGGCUUGCAGGUCUUCAAACUUUAAAGUACUUUUUUUUAAAAAUGUUGCUGAUGAAGACUGUGAGUUGUGGUUGAAAGCUGCUUAAAAAUCUGAAGAAGUGAAGUCUGAGUUAAGCUUUUUCUAUCAAACCAGUUAAAAAUGAAAGUGCUCAUUUCUAAUGAAGUAUCUGGUUAUCCUAUAAAAUGUCCAAUUCCAUAACUUUUUGUGUUAAGUGAUCUGAAAACUUCACCCUCAUCUCUGGAAAAAGUGCAAGUAUGAGUAAAAAAAGCAAGAAAAUAGACUUCCCAGCUACUAAUUAGUAUAUUUUCAACACAUAAAGGAACAUAGUAACAAGAAACGGCAAACUAAUCUCAUCUGGUUUGCUGGUUUUGGAACCUUAAACUUCUUAUUUUUUCGGUCCUCACUGAUGUUGUUGGUAAAGACUAAGAGUUGUGGUUGAAAGCUCCAGAAAAAAAUCAAGAAAGUGGAGUUUCAGUGAAGCUUAUUCUGUCAAACCAGUUAGAAAUGUAGGCGCUCAAUUAUAUAACAAAGAACAAGUGUCUAGUUGUUCUAAAGGACACCUGCUAGCCAAUCAGAAUCCACAAUUCUCAGUCUCCAUUGCACAGUUUAUGAUGAAAUAAUAACUUUCUUGGAGUAAAGUGAUCUGAAAACUUCACCCUGAUGUCUGGGAAAUGUGCAAGUAUGCCUAAUAAAAGCAAGCAAAUAGGCUUCCAGCCACUAAUUAGAAUAUUUUCAACACAUGAAGUAACGUAGUAACAACAAACGGCUUUCCAGCUACUAAUUCAAAUAAUUAUUUAAGUUAUUUUCAACUCAUCCAUUAUCUCAAGUGAAGACCUGUUUAG